AUGCAAUCGUCCACGUGCUGCAAGGUAUCAGAAGUCCAGAUGGAGGAACAGGUGUUCAGGGUGUUCAGGAUCCAGCUGAACACGGCGCCCCUGACGGUGGACCCGGCGCCCGAUGACGAGUCGGCGCCGCCGGAAGAGCCGCCGACGUCGCCCGCCGACGGUCCACCCGUCACCUACGAGCGGCUGGCCGUCCAGGGGCCGUUCACGGCGCUCGAGCAGCUCGAUAACGCCAGCGGGAUCCUGCGCGUGUGGUACCUGCUGCUGGAGGGCCUGGCCGGAGCCACGGCCACCUGUCCCCGCCGGCACCAGCCCCAGACGAUGGAGACGCUGUUCACGCUCCUCCGCUCGCUCGCCAACCGGCCCGGCGCCGAGUUCGGCAUCUACUGCGUCAACCACCUGCUGCUGCCGAUGGUGCAGGGCUGGCUGCGGCGCACCGGCAGGCGCCACCGCGGGUGGGACGCGUUCGCCACCAACUUCAAGCAGUGCUGCGGCCUGGCCACCGACCUGGUGGUCUUCUACCACAAGACGCUGCCCGCCGACGCGUCCGAGCGCCAGCGGGCCGGCGCCCAGCUGAUGAUGCGACAGCUGCUGCUGGUCAUGAUCGAGUGCGUCUGCCAGCCGCACGAGGUCAUCUCGCGACUCGGCUGCGCCUGCAUCAGGCACCUGGUGAUGAGCGGCGGCGCUGAGGGUCUGCGUCCCGAGCAGUGGGAGCUGGUGACGGUGGCGCUGCACCGAGCGCUGGCGCUCACCCUGCGCCCCCUCCACCGGCUCAUGGCCGCCUUCCACGCCGAUUCAGAUAACUUCUACGGCGACAUUGGUCAGGUCAAGGUGGCCGCGCGCCGCGACUGCACCGGUCGCGAGAGCGACCGGCUGCGUCAGCUGGCGCAUCAGGUGUUCCUGCUGGACGACCAGCGGCCACUGGCGCUGGAGACGAGCGAGCACCCGGAGGCCGAGGAUCGCUCGUACGUGUUCCUGCUGUACGCGCCCGGCGGCGGCGAAGAGAGUCUGGUGCGCGUGCCGUUUCGUCACCUGGUGGUCGGCCUGCUGGCGCACCAGAUUCUGCUGCAGACGGUCGGCGCCCUCCUGCUGCAAGGCACGCGUCACGUGGUGCCCAGUCUGGUGAACGUGCUGGUGGCGUCGGGUCCGCCGGCGGCGGCGGGGGCCUCUGAUGCGCUGCCGGGCUUCCUGAGCCAGCUGUCGGAGAGACACGUGCACACGCUGCUGGACGGACUGGCCGGCUCGCAGCGCGCCGCGCUCCACUUCGACGCGCGGCCCGGCCUCAAGUUCCUCGUGCAGAAGGUGUCGGGCGCGGAGCGGGCGGCUAACCUGUACAAGCAAGCGGGCGCCAGCUGGACGCUGCGCGCCGUCUCGCUGCUGGAUGUGGUGACCGAGCGCCAGGUGGGCGACCUCAUCAGCGAGUACAAGCGGCGCAAGCCGGCGCGCGCCAUGCCGACGGACAGCGAGGCGCACCGCAAGGUGUGGACGGACAUGCUGGUCUCCACGCUGGGGCUGGUGGCGCAGCAGGAGGACGCCACCUUCCGGCUCCUGCUGCCGGUCGUGCACCCGAGCCGCAUCGGCGCCGUCUACGGCUUCGCCUCCGAGUAG